AUGCCAAGCACUAUUGUUCGCCUCAGCGAUACAAUGGAAAGUCGAGCAUCGUGGCAGCCUCGAGGGACGGAGAACGUUGGCCGCGCCAGACGUCCGUGCGCAGCACGAUGCAGAAGCGGCUCGUGCAAUGCCUUCGCAGAGUCUAGGACACAGAAAUUGGCGCCUCUUGUUUCCCUCUCGGUCGAACCUUCCUCUCUCUACUUCCACGAUGUUGCCAUAGGGAGGACGUAUGUGAAAUCAGUGAAGGUGCUCAACCACUUGCGUCAUGCAGUCUCAGUAGAAGUUACUUGCACAUUGCCAGCGCUGUUUCGCUGUCGACCACAAUCAUUCCGCAUCGCUGCCCACGGAUUUCAACGAAUAGAGAUUUUGCUUACUGUUCAAGACGCUUCCAGUGCGGAAUUUUCGUCAGCUCGUGGCCUUCGGGAGACGACAGCGUAUAAUGCACAAGAAUGCUGCAGCGGUGUUUUCACGUUAAGGGGGGCUUUUGGAGUUCAGAGAUUCGCAGCAUACUUCACUCUCUGUAGCGAGUUUGCCCAGAAGGCUUCGGACGUAUACGAUGUGAGUUCUCUCUCCUCGAACAGGAGCAGUGAGCAGCGUGCACAAAGUCCGGGAUCGAUUUCAUCGUGCAGCCGCCGAUUUGAUGCGCAAACUGCGCUUGUGACGAACCGAUGCUCUAACAAGUUUUCUGGGGCCUUGACCCAAGCAGAGAGCUGUGCUCUGCCUGAGCGGAGAUCUUUGGUCGAAGCACCUCCACCGAAGCCGUUCUUGCCAAUAUGCACGCGCGGCAGUGUUUAUCUACAUGGGUUGCCUCCCAUGCGAGAUGGAAGAGCGAGGCGUUUGAAAAUGAACUCCACCACUAACGCACUGAAUAGAUGUCACAGUGUGAGUCCACAGAGACUGCUCUGCAAUAGAGUACGACUGCGCGCCUGCGGAGAUUGUGGUCCUAGCGGUAUGCAAGAAGCCGAAUGGAAUAUGGCUCAGGAAAGGCCGACGGGCAUGGCUGCUAAAAUUUUAGCAGAUGUGAGAUCAGAGUUAGAAGAAGCCGUGAAACAAGCAGAAAAAGCGGAGCGAAGAGAGCAAAAACUCCGAGCUGCGCUGGACGGCGCAGAUUGCCAACAAGGGCAAGUCAGAGGCGUUCGUCACGAAUAUAGUCCUUUGCUGACGCCAGCGCCUCAGGAGGCAGAAUUGAAGGCGCUGGUAGAGCAGCUAGAGAUAGAGAAUCGUUCCUUGUCUCGGAUCAUUCAAGAAAUGCGCACUACUGUUGCGAGAAAAUGCCAACAGAUAGGGCAGCUAACGGACGAGAUAUCGAGACAGAGUCAGGAGCUCCAGAAAAUACAGCUGGAGAAUUUUACUCUGCGGCAGAGAGCACAGCGUUCACUACAAGAGCUGUGUGAGGCAGGAGGCUGCCGAUCAACAGCAGCGUCCCUACGGUGUGCGACGCUCAGGCGCCCGCCAGACGCCAACGAUAACGAAAUCAUGGGAGCAUCGACUGCGCGGCUCGCAGAGGAGAACCGUUGUCUUAGGAUGAUGGCUCACGAGAAGGCACAGCUCGUUCAACGAGAGGCGGAGCUGAGUUCACUGAGGAAUGUCGGAUCGACAAAUGAUACAUUCAGUGUUUCUGACAGGCAAGUGAUCUCGAAGCUGAACAGCCGGCUUAAGGAGACGCUGCUCAAACUUCAACAGGCAGAACAGAAAGCCGACGACAUUCAGGCGCAGUACGAAUCAAAAAUAUAUGCAAUAGAACAGUCUGGAAGGCGCUUACCAUUGCAUGUAGAUGCAGAGGCUCAAACAGCCGCAUCGCUUUCGUCAUUGUACCCGUUCAGGCAAUUCGGCGAGCUGCAGCGCCAAGCUGCUUCCGCGCUAUCUCAGGACGUUCACCAGAGAUUCGCAAAGCUGGAGCAGGAGAAGAGCGAUAAAACAGUCGAGUUUACUCGCCUCCUAGAUGCGAAAAACGCUCAUAUCGGGCAGCUCUCGGCAGAUAUGGCUGGAGCCAUUGAGCAGCACGCGACGGAGAGAAGGAAUCUCCUUGGCAGGCUUGCUGCCCUGGAAAUGCAGCUCCGCACGCAAACAGAAAAGCUCGACAAUAUGACCGUUAGCCUUGCAGGGUCGAAUGCCGCUAAAGAGGAAGCUUUGAAAAUCCGGGAUCAGGACAUGGAACGGCAUGAGCGGUUCCGACUGAGCAUCCAGCACAAAGUGAGAGGUCUGGAACAGCAGUUGCAAGUGAAGUCGGAGCAGCUGAAAGAAACCAUACAGUCACUGGAUGUGUUGCAACGUUUCGUCCGAGCAGCUUCGCUUGAUCUUCCUCAUUCAGCCGCAUCCACGCAAGCCUCCCCAGCCAAAACCGGCAUGGCUACUCCUGUUCUGAAGAUACCUGAAGAGUUCAAUGUCGUCUCUGCACCGCCUAAUCACAUGAAACCUUCAAGUGUUUCGGAUGUAUCGUGUCGAACCAACAUAAGUCAGGGGUACGAAACGAGGCAGCGGGCAUCUGAGCAUGAUUCACGAGCAGACGAUAUCGGUUGUUUGAGCGAAGGGCACCCAGAGAUACUCCCUCUGAGUGAACGCGUAUGUAGCCUCACAGCGGCUUUCCUCAUGCAGUCCCACGCUCUCGGCCUUGCAGAAGCUAGGGCGUAUGACCUCCAGAAAGAAUGCCGCGAACUUCAGGCUCGAGUUUACCAGUCUAUCGCGAGGAACGAAACAGAGGAGUCAAGAAGCCACCAGUUGGUGAACGAAACGUUUAUGCGCGACAGAGUGCGUGUUCUGGAAAGGACCGCCGAGCAGCUCAGGAAUGAAAACCAUCUUUCUUUGCAGAAAAUCAAACAACUAGAGCUAGGAGAAGCCAGACUUCAGGACGAGUGCAAACUCCUUCGUGAGGAGCGGCAAACGUGGAAACGCCGCCUGGACGCUGUUCAUCAGGAUCACAUCGACCGAGCUGAACGCGAGCGAAAAGAGCACGAGCACCUUUUAGAGACACUCAAGCAUUCCUUUGAACGACUUCAUUUUUCUCCACCUUACGACGAUGAUAUAGCACAGCAAUGGCGCAUAGGCGGUUCAAGUGACUAUGAGCAGCUCCCAAUGCCUGCGUUUGACACAGCUUCAGGCAAGCGUGGGCAUGACGAGCAGAGCACACGGGCCAACUUGUCUGGCAGCUGUCACAGGCUGAUUGCCGCCAUUCAAGAGCUCACGAAUGUCAUUACAGUCGUCACAAACAAAAUAUCGAUGGUGAAUGCGAGCGGCGCCGUCCUCGACAAGGCGGCCUGCAGCCACUCUUCUCGGAACGUCGCGUUUUCCUUUAGCAGCGAUUUGAGGCUGGACCUUCCCAACCCGGUAGCUCACGUGGAAGUGGCAUCCUCUCCAAACGACGCUGCCGACGGCUCUCCGCUGGGUCGUACCAAGGUGCGCACGUGCGCUGGAUCGUGCGCAGAGAGUUUUACUGAAGACAGCAGAGAACCGAAAGGCGUCGAUACGGAGGUGCUCGCAGGACCUCUGAUUCAACAGCUGUGCGAAUUGUUCCUCGCUGUGGGCAGACGAUUCGUGACUGCAGAACGAAGGGCUUCUUUCUCGCAGUUGCUUGGCUCGUUGUGCUACAAACAAUGGCAACUCCAAAAUGCGCGGGAGGCUGCUAGUAUACGCGACCGCAACGUGCUGCGACAGCAGGUCCAAGCCCUGCAGAUGCAAGUUCGCGCAGACGAGGCGUCCCAAGAUCGCAUGGUCGCACGGCUCUGUGGCCUCUACCAGCAGCGGUGCCGCGAUCUGGAAGACCAGCGAGAAGCUGCCGUGCGAGAUCUCCGGUUCCACGAGGCCAAAUGCUCCCAGCUGACGCUACAGCUGGAGAAGGGCAAAGAACACAUGGCUGCGCUGCAGCGCCGCCUUUCCUUCCUGCAAGCGUCUGCAAAGGAACGCGAGCUUCUAGCUGAGGCAACGGCCGAGGAAAAGGCGAUGUCACGAUUGCAGAGCUACAAAAAGGAGAUCAUUGAGAGCCUACUCUCUCAGGCUGGCAUAGCCACAUCCGGAGCUGAUGGCGUCUACCCGACUGGACACUCCUAUCCAGGAAAAGGUCUCUCUGACCAGCUCGCCCAAGAGCGAAGAGAUCGUGCGGCCCUUCACCUGGCUCUGAAGGAAGCUCAGCGGCGGCAUGCUUUGUCCGAGAAUCGUCUCGAACAAGCGAAGAAGCAAGUGACUGUCGUGGCUGAGCUUCUGCGCCAUGUCUCCAAGGAGCACGCCGUUAUCGUAGACGGCGAGCUUGUCGAGUCGCCAGCGGAAGGAUACCGAGGAGCUUCCCUUUCUGCUGAUGAGCCAAAGGUCUUUUGGGGACUUCGGCCGCCGUCGGUGCCGGAACAGGCAGCCACUGACAUUCUUGGUGUUGCGCCCGUUGCACAGUUAAGGAGCGAGAUUGCCACCUUACGCGAGGUUGUUCAUCAGCGUGAAAUGGACAACGAGCGACAGGAAGUCGCAUUGUCACAUUCUCGGCUCGAAGCAAAUAUGCUUCGACAACGCAACGAAGCUUUGAACGACGAGAUUCGGGCCAGCCUCACGCAGCUGGACGAAGCCAGACACUCUCUGGAAGAGUCUGCUAUCCUGCGGCAGAGACUAGAAGAUGUUGAGCUUUGGGCGAAUCGCAUGAACGAAACACACCAAGCAGAGAUAAACACCUUGAAGCAGGCACAGGAGUUUCAUCUGCAGCGAGCCGUCGCCGAAAACACGGAAAAAACGAAGGAACAGCUUCGAGAGGCAGCAGAAGCUAAUCGGCAAUUGAAGGAACAGAACCUCGGGUUACAGGGCGAGAUUAAAAUGUUAAACUUCAAGGUGCAACGCUUCAGGGAGUCAACCAUGCGACACCUGUCCUUACAAACACACUUUAAGUCGACCAUCGAAGAGUGGCUGAGAGGCGUCGACUUCGGUUCCGACGGAUCGAAUGACACACGAACUUCACAUCCGCAGCCUCCUCGGCGCGGGGCUCCGAAUGUGGCUUCAAAAGAAAUAUCCGGGAAGCAGAAGAGAGGUGUAAACCCAAUGGUUGGCUCUCGGCGUCAGGCACCAAGUGACCCCGUUCCAUAUCAGGUCAUGAGGCCGGGCUACGUGCCGCUCGACGCCGUCCGCUCCGUUCUCGAGACGCUUAUUCAAGUCUGCGUCCAGCUGGGGGCAGCAGAGCAAAACACUCUCGAGCAGAGAAUUGCAGAUGAGCCGGACACUGUUUUAUCUGCAUCACCGACAAGUCUGCUCCUUGAGCCACUCUCAAAGCCGGGCCCGAGCAUGGCCCUCGACUCGCAAGCUAUCUUACAGGGCCAGAGGCUGGUGAUUCUUUGCCUCUACUCAAAGCUGGUGGAACGUCUUCCGGAGCUGCGGAACAACCUCCCGGCUCCGAUGAAGGCAACCAGCGACCCUUUUCCUCUCACAACGGCGUUCCCACGCUUUUCAUGUACCAGCCCGUCUCGUCUAGUUAGUACGUUAGAUAUUCCUGCUCUCCUGGGCACAACUGAAAAUGCGGGGGGUUGUUCACGAUGUUCUUCUAUGGAUUUGGCCUGGAGAGCCAAGUGCAGACUUCCCCUGGAAAGAGGGAGCCAGCAAACGGAGGUUGAGCUGGGAGCUCGGCGGCUCCAGUCUCUUUUGCAGCUCUGUCUCCAAAACAUCGUGGUCGCCCGAUGCGCCCAAGAAAUAAUUACAGAACACAUUACGGCGCUACAGAAAAAACCAGACUGUCAUGCAGAUCCUGCUCUCCCGCUUUCCCAAAACAGUGGAGAAACCGUAGGUGGCAUUCAAGGACAACUGCGGCUUUCGACACGUUUUCGGAGCACUGAGAGUCCAGUAGCUGCCGGACAAGGAGCGAAUUCUCUGUUUUAUCUAUCAAAUGCGCUUCCACUUCUGUGUUUACUUCACCACGCAGCCGGAGAAGCUAUUCCGACGCUUGAAAAGGCAGAUUCAGUAGCAGAGUCACUUGCUGUGAAACUUGGGAUCAUUUUUUCGAUCCCAGUGACGGUUCCAGAGAAGCGCAGCCCUCCGCAAACCAGUUUCUGGGGUCUACCUACAUGUGGGCAGUCUGACACUCUUCUUCACCCCCACAGUUGCUCAGACCAUGCCUCAGCAACUCCCUUAUAUCGUAACAUCCACAGAACAUUUGCCUUUCCAACCCAGAAAAAGGGAGUUUUCUGUCAGGCGGCAUCAAUAAAAAGGCUGUCUCACAAACAUGCUCGGCCACAAAUUGCCACUUUAGCAAACCGGCGGGGAGCAUGGGAGAGAACAACCGACACAAAAAAGGAUUUAACCGCGGCGCAGCUGAGCAUGAAGUGCGGGCGAAGCCCGAGUAAACCAUACUCGGCACCGAUACUUGCUCCUCACUGCAGCACUCCUGGCCAGCUUCACAGUUACUGUCAUUUGAAUCUAUGCACGCCUCCGGAUGUUUGCUUUUCUCCCCCACGGUACUUCGAGGAGGCUCCGACAGCCCAGUCAACGGCAGCAUGCAGUGUAGAGUCGCUGGAAGCCUCUAGUGAGGCAAGUAUUUCUGAGUGUCUCAGCAAGCGUGGCUGCCUUCAGCAUACGCCCGCGAGAGGCUUCUAUCCUCGCAGUCUGAGUCUGUCAUCCCCUCAUACGACAUGCGAGAGAUGCAGAGAGUUUCCUUGCACUCUCGCACGAAUGUCGCCGAAACCGUAUCGUCUCGCCUGCCGUCGCAGCUUCUCGAUGCCUCCGACCGUUCUCUCCUGCAGCCCUGCACGAACUUCCCAGUCUUCUUGUAGCUUGACUGCCAUUGGGGCUCGAGAAAGUCCCCUCUCCCCCCUCACUUGUAGACGAAAACUCGAUCAGUCGCCCGGCUGCCCCGUAGCGGGCGAGCUGGGAUCAGUUGUUGAGCCUCCUACGCUCCAGUCGUUCGGAUGUGCUGCUUGUCGCCAAGGUAAACAUCGCUGUAUUGAUCGCAUGCCUCCAUCCUCGCAAUCCGCUUCCUCCAAGGCGCUGUUAUGUCGCUCACAACGCGUCGAAAGUUUGCGAGGUCGCAGCCGUCCAGUUCAGAUUAGAAACGAGAACCUUUCCAUCGUCCACCUUGCUCCCGGCCGCCCAGAAUGGCUGCCCCCGCCUCUUCUCCCCUCCGUGUGUCCGUUAUCAAAAACCAAACAUGCGACAGAUCGAUGUGUGCUAAAUCAGGGAAGUGAAGGAGAAAGCACGUCUCCGAGUCAGCGUGCCACCUCACGUCAAGGGUCCGCAAACCAACAGGAGGAUCCCGCGGUAAAGCAGAAGCCGCAAAACACUCCAAAGCGGACAGGAGCUGCAGCGGUUGAGAAGGUUUUCGAAGCAAAAUCGGAACGAAACAUCCUCUCAGCAGGCAGGCAGGAAGUCCGAGGUGGUGUGGCUGUCACUCCGGAAGGCAAAGCAUCCGCCAGGGGACCUAGCUGUUCUCCCCUCCACCACCUGAGGCAAAAACAGCCAACGGCAAAAGACUUUUCUAAGGUCUGCCGACCCUCAAGUUGCACUGAAGCGGUCAGACGCAAUAACCCCCGCGUGGGUCCAGCACGAGGAACAUCAGGGUUCUCUUCUCCAAGCUGUCCCCUUCCGAGGAAACCAAAACUGUCUGGACGGCCCUGCGGCAGGUCCAGCUCGUCAGUUGCAUGGGAAAACGGUCUGUGUGCUGGGACGCCGUUUAGUAGAAUCACGAACUGA